AUGAAGCGCAAACGACAAGAAAACGUCGAUCACCAAAUCUCGAAGCCCAACGCGCUCGCCUAUUGGGCCAGCGUGAGCGCGGACGACGACGGCGUGCUCGGCGGGUUCCCCGAAGUGUCCCCCAUCGACAUCGCCGGAUCCCGCGCCUUUCUCACCGAAUUGAUGCUGGGCAAGCCACCCACAUCGAAUCAAGAAAUCGCGUCCAAUGACCCGGGCGACGAAAUUUUAUUCGACAGAGUCGUGGACUGCGGCGCCGGCAUUGGCCGCGUGACGCGCAACCUCCUCUCCCAGGUCGCGCGGACGGUGGAUAUCGUGGAGCCGGUGAAGGAAUUGACGGACGUCGUCACGGCGUCGGAUUCGUUCAAAGACUUGCGGGAUGCGGGGCGCAUCGGCGACGUCUUCAAUGUCGGUCUGCAGGACUGGGUGCCACCUGAAGGACGGAGGUACGACUUGGUCUGGACGCAAUGGUGCCUAGGCCAGCUGACGGAUAAAGAGGUGGUGCGGUACUUGAAGAAGCUCACCGGAUCGCAGGCGGGCGACGGGUACCUGACGCGGAACUCGGGGAAGGGGUGGCUGGUGGUCAAGGAGAACAUCAUUACGCCGCAGGCGGAUGGGAAGGAGCAGGAUCGGUUCGACAAGGUGGAUAGCAGCGUCACGCGGACGGAGGGGAAGUUUAACAAGCUCUUCCGGCAGGCGGGGCUGGAGGUGGUGCAGGAGGAGAAGCAGAGCGGUUUGCCGGAGGGACUGUUUCCAGUGAUGAUGUGGGCAUUGAUGCGAGUAUGGUGA